AUGAAUUGGUUCGAUACGGCGGGGUUGACGAGUUUAGCUAAGUCUGCUCUUAAAGAAGCUCAGAAAACUAUUGACAAAGCGCUGGACAUAACUGAUGAGAGUAGUGAAGAACAGGAUGACGAUCCAGUCCCCGUGAAAGCAAAAUCUAUGAGUAGUGGUAAUACACCUCAAAAAGACAGUUCGGAUUUCUUUUCGUCCUGGGGGCUUACAGUAAGCGCUGAAAGUCCAAAAGAUCCUAUCAAGGAGCAACCUGUGGUAACCGAAAGCCCAUCAAAGUCGAACUCUCAAAGCUUAUGGGGGUCUUUUGCGGGGUCUUUCUUUGAGCAAACGAAAACAUCAGAAGAUGCAUCGGCAAUUGUUCGUCCGCCUAAAGCAAAAUCAAUGAAUCUUAUAGCUGAUGCAAAGUAUGGCAGCCAGGAUGAUUUGUUUUCAAGAAGUCAGUUAGUCAUGUCAGAUGGAGCAGAAUGUUUAGAAACCAGGAAAGAAGAUUCAAUUUCGAAAUCUGACGAUAGACGCAACUCAUCAUUGUCACACAGAUUGUCUCUCGUUUCAAGUAGGAAUAGUUCAGAUUCUGUUGAAGUUUUAUCUCAUAGUUUAAAGACUACUCCUGACUCUGAAGCUUCAAUACAUACAAUCUCUAAUAGCAGUAGCGCUGGACAAAAGCAAACAUCGGAAUCUGUGGAAAUAUUGCCUGAUAGUCUUAUAAGUCCCAGUUCCAUAGAAUGUCUUGGUUUUGACAGUUAUGCAAGUGAUAAAAAUAGUAGUAACUCUUCUAAUCUUUCACCUCAUGAUUUGUCAGACAAGAAAUCGACUCCGCUCGGAGAGAUGACGGAGAGAGCACACACAGCUGAUAGCGUUAGCUUGGUAGCUGAUGAUGAUGAUGACACUAUGUCUUAUAAUUCUAUAUCCGAGUGUACUGCACCUACUGUUCUAGACACAGAUGAGAAACCUAUUAGUCCAUUUCCAAAAGCAAGGCAUGACAUACAUAAAAAAGGAACAGAUAAGGAGCUUGUUCAUCUUGAGCACCCAAUUGUUCCAUACAGAAUGCAGUUAAGUGAAAAUUCCUCAAAUGAUGGUUCCUGGUCUGACCGUACAUUGAACGCCGAUAAUGAUAGCAUCAACCUAGAAGCUGCAGAAGAUCAAAGAAAAGAAAAUGACCAUGAAGACAUACUUAUGGAAAAAUUGAGUGAUUCGUCAUCAUUUUACAAUGUCAAUGUUUCGUCAGAUUUGUUGAGGUCGGAUAGCUCGGCUUUUGUUAAUGUUGAAAAGCAACAAUGCAGUGCACCAGGUAGUAGUGAGUCCUCACUAAAAGACAAUAGCAUUAAGGAAAGAACAUCACCUAUCAGUUCAGAUAGUAAAAGUGAUUUGGUCAAAAUUGGGUCUGAUCGUACAUCUGGACACACUUCGGGUGAUGAAGUUGAAACUGCUACAUCAUCUGAUAUUGAAAUAAUACCAAGCCCCAACGGUGACAAUGGGCAUGGAUACUGUAAGAACAGCCCUGGAAAAUACAAUUUCAAGCAGGCUGGUACAAUAUCUCCUAAUCUUGUUGACUUGGUUCUUGGAAAAUCACUGGCAACUAAAAUACGUGGCCACACUAGGGAAUUGUCCGAAGCAUCUGUGCAAAGUAACACUAGUGACGAGAGUCAAGGUUCUGAAAAUGAUAGAUUAAUGAGAAGAUUGUGUGAAAUGGCAGAGAUAUUAGACGCAAGAGAAAGCAGACUGAUGGAAGUUAGUAGGAAUAAUGCAGAAUUAGUAGAAAGCAAUGCUAGUUUGAAGAGUCAGAUGGAAUCUUUACUAGCAAAGCAUGAUUUAGUAGAUAUUAAUACAAUUACGGAUGAUUACACUCAAAGGAUGUCGGCUUUGGAGAAGAAAUUUCAGCAGGCUAUUAGAGAAAAGGACCAGCUAAGGAAGGAACUGGACAAGGUGAAGUUGGAGUCCACCCGUAAGGUCUCCUCGGAGCUGGAGAACGGCAUAAAGGAGCGCGACGAGGUGAUAGCCCAGCUCCAGGAGGAGGGGGAGAAGCUCGCCCGCCAGGAGUUGCAGUACUCGAACAUCAUAAAGAAGCUGCGCGCGAAAGAGAGGGACAACGAGCAAGUCAUAAAGAACCUGAGGGAUAAAAUAGCGGAACUGACGGCCGAGUUGGAUCGGGUGAAACGCUCAAUGGCCGCCAAAGAGGAGCUCGAAGUCAGCCAGAUCGAGGCCGUGUACCGGCUCACUACGUCGAACAAGAAGUUGGAGACGGAGUUGAACGAGACGAAGAGCGCGCUAGACGACACCGUGCAGCGGUUGGAGAGCGGCCGGACCUCGCUGGAGGCGGCUCGCAAGGAGCUCGUCGAGCUUCGGCGGGGCGCUGCGGAGGCGGAGCGGGGCAGGGCGGCGGCGGAGAGGGAGGGGGCCCGCAGGGAGGCCGCCGAGCGGGACGCCCAGCAGCUCAGGGCCGAGCUGCAGCAGCUGCGCCUCGACAGGGCCAAAGAGGAGCAACGGUGGGUGGCGCGCGAGGAGGCGCUGCGGCGGCAGCUGGCGGAGGCGCGCGAGGAGGGCGAGGCGCGCGGCGCGGGGCGCGAGGAGUGCGCCCGCUGCGCGGAGGGGCAGGCGGCCGCGCUGCUCGGCCAGCUGGCGGCGCUGCAGCGCUCGGCGCUCGAGCGCGAGCGCGCGCACAGCGCCGCCGCCGCCGCGCGGCUGCAGCAGCUCGAGGAGGCCGAGCGCGCGGGCGCGGCCGCCGCCGAGCGCGAGCGGCUCGCGCGCGACGAGGCGGCCGCGCUGCGCGAGCGGCUGGCCGCGGCCGAGGCGCAGCAGGCGGAGGCGCGCGCGCGCCACGACGCGCUCGCCGCCCACUGCCAGCGGGCGCUCGCCGCUCAGGAGCGGCUCGACGCUCAGCUCGCCGCCAAGAGCGCGGAAGUGGAGCAGCUGCGCUCCGAGGGCGAGAGGCGCGUGGCCGAGCUGCAGCAGCGCCUGCAGGAGGCGGGACGCAGGAGGAGCGAGCAGAGUGCUGCAACCGAAGGAGAGACAUCGCCGCCCCACUCCGUCACCUCGGAAACUCUCUCCGCUUCUCUGUGGCCGGAGGAGAGCGCGGGGCGGUCGUCGCCGAGCGGGCUGUCGGCGCUGGGCGUGGGGCUGGGCGUGGGGCUGGGCGGCGGGCUGGGCGUGGGCAUGGGCGUGGGCGUGGGCGUGGGCGCGGGCGUGUCGGCGCCGGGCGUGGAGGAGGCGCUGGCGGCGCUGAGCCGGCGGGACGGCGAGCUACGCGCCGCGGCCGCCGCGCUCAGCGCCGCGCGCGCCGAGCGCGCUCAGCUGCAGGCGCUGCUGGCCGAGCUGCACGGCCAGCUCGCCGACCACCAGAGCCUGCAGGAGCAGUACGACGCGCUGCUGCAGAUGUACGGCGAGAAGGAGGAGCAGCUGGCGGAGAGCAGGCUGGACCUGCACGACGUCACGCAGCUGUACAAGGCGCAGCUCGACGAGCUGCUCGCGCUCAAGGCCAAAAGG